AUGGCUUCCAAGACCGAGGAUACAUAUGACUAUAUUGUCUGCGGAGGUGGAACUUCAGGCUGUGUCGUUGCUGGUCGUCUAGCUGAGAACCCCGAGGUCAAAAUUCUGUUGCUCGAAGCUGGACAGCACAAUAAGGACCUGGAAAAUGUGCAUAUGACUGGCGGGUGGUCAAACAACUUCGACGCCGAGACCGACUGGAAUCUUGUCACGCCUCCUAUGGCUGGGGUUGACAACCGCCAAGUGAAAUUGAGUCGAGGACGAUUCCUCGGGGGAUCCAGUGGGUGCAAUGGCACACUGUGCAUCCGCGGCAACAAACAAGAUUAUGACGAUUGGGGAUUGGAGGGAUGGAGUGGGGAGGAAUUCUUCAAGGCCAUGAGAAAGUCGGAGACCUUCCACCCAAAGCCCUGGUUCAAAGCCGACAAGGAGAGCCACGGCUACUCUGGGCCUCUUCAUACCGAACCGCAUGACCUCGCACCCAUUUCCCAGCUCCUACUGGACUCUUACGCCUCCCAGGGCAUGCCUCUACACCACGACAUGUUCAGCACAGGUGAUGUCGCACAAGGAUGUGGCCAUGUGCCUCGAACAGUAUAUCAAGGUCUCCGCACAACAGGUGCUGACUUCGUCACAAACAAGAACCACCGUGGAAACAUUACCAUCAAGACUGAUACCACGGUCGACAAGAUCAUGUUUACCAAACAAGGAGCUGAAACCUGCGCUUCAGGCGUAGCAACGCAGACCUCGGAUGGUAGAACCCGGAAUUACUAUGCACGAAAGGAGAUCAUCAUCUCCGGAGGCGCAUACUGCAGCCCUGCAAUUCUACUUCGGUCCGGCAUCGGGCCCAAAGCAGAACUUGAUCUGCACGACAUUCCCUGCACGGUCGAUCUACCAGGUGUAGGAAAGAACCUGAUGGACCACCUAAUCGUCUUCAUGUUCUACGAAACCGAAAAGAAAGGCCUAACAAACGAUCACCACGUCUACCAUGGCUCCAACUUCGACAAAACCUACGAAGAAUGGAAAACUAAGAAAUCAGGCUUUCUCUCAACUUUCCCAUUCGGCAGCUUCGCCUUCGCCAGACUAGACGAGCGCCUGAAAGACGAACCACUCUGGAAAAAUGCACCACGCCAACCAGGCCGUGAUCCAAUGGGUCUAACACCUUUUCAGCCCAACAUCGAAUUCUUCUCGACGGAAUGCUACGGCGGGCCCAAACAGUACGACCAAUUCCCUAUUGACAACCAACACGCAUUUUCCAUGAUAGCAGAGCUAUUUGCGCCAAAGUCACGUGGAUCUGUGACUUUGAAAUCGGCGGAUGCGUUGGAGAAUCCGGUUGUCGAUUGUAACUACUUGGCUGAUCCGCUUGAUUUGUUGGUUUUGAGCGAGGCUUGUCGAUACGGUAAUGAGGUUGUUAUGAAGGGGGCUGGGACGAGGGAUAUUGUUAAGGGGGUCCUGGCCGUCGAAUUUGAAGCAUCAUUCUUAUACGACGAGGGAGGAGUGGGUUAUCAUGCUGCGGGUACUUGUGCCAUGGGCAGAAAGGAUGACCGUAUGGCUGUGCUUGAUGAGAAACUUCAGGUCAGAGGUGUUUCUGGGCUGAGGGUUGCGGAUUGUAGUGUUAUGCCUACUUUGCAUGGCGGACACACUCAGAUGCCGGCUUAUGGUAUUGGUGAGAAGUGUGCCGACUUGAUCAAGGAGACAUGGCGCAUGGCGGGUAACAUCUAUCCUCGCAUUUGA